AUGCAGAAGCUCCGUGACACCUGGCUCACUCUUAUAAAUGAGUUUGGUGAAAACUCCGCGUUAUUCACUUCCACUCGGGCCUCUUCACAGCCCGAGGCUCUUAUUGUCCGGGUCAUAGUCGCCUUCUCGGUCAGCACACUUAGCAGGUACUUUGCAGUUUGGUCCGGUUGGGCCGCCUGGUGUGUGGUCUACUCUUGCUCCCCGUGCCUGCCCGCUCCGGGGGUGCUUCCGGACUGGCUGCUGGCCCAAGCCAGCCCUCAGGGCCUGGCCACCAACCAGUUGCGUGCGCUCUCUUGGUUUGCUCGCCACGCCGGUCUCCCGGUCCUGCACGCCCAAAUCCAGGAUCCAUUGUGUCGGUCCUUCUCCCGCGCCACCCACCCGCAGGAGCGCCGUGAAGCUCUCCCUUUCAGCCUUUCCUUUGUCGUCUGGUUGGAGCGACGCAUCAUGCAUCCGGACACGUCCUGCGCGGACAUCCUCCUCAUCGGCUCCUUGCUGUGUGCCGUGUGGGGCUCUCUCCGGUGGAGCGACCUACUCUGGUGUCCCCCGGACCGCAUUCAUCUCCACUCGGAUGGGUCUGUCAUCUCCGGCAUUGCCAUGCGAACCAAGGUUACCCGCUCAGGGAUGCCCUGGGGCAUUCUUCCUUCCGGUCUUACCGGCACUUCCUCUGGUUCUUGGUCCUUUCGGUGGCUCACGGUUCUCAAGCAAUCGCUUCAGCGCUCCCGUGCUGCCUUUCCCAAUAGAGUCAUUGACUUCCUCCCGGCCCUUCUUUCGGGUCCAGCUGACUCGCCGGUUCUGUUCACACAGCUGGUCGCGGAUGCUGCUGCCCGGCUUCCUCCUUCCUCCUCGGAUGAAGAGCCGGGGGACUACUCUCCCGCCGCCGUUCCGCCCGAGCCGGCAGGCCGUCUGGACCUCGACUUGCUGCGACGCCUGGCCACUCUGGAACAACGAGUGAGAGAUGUGGAGUCCGGUCUUACAGCCGUCCGGACAGAGAUUACGGAGGAUCAAAACGUCACCCGUCACUUCCGGGCCUCUGUGGGGAACCUCAUCGAGCGCUCCAACGCCUUGAUGAAUGAGUACACCUUCAUGCAGCGUUCUCGGUCGGCAUUCCUGCUGGCUUUCCGCGCUGCCCUCACCUCGGUGAUUGAUGCGCUGCUCCUGUUCCGUGACAACGCGGUCUCUGUUUUGGCUCUUUCCCUCCCCUGCCUAUUGUCCUGCGGACCCUGGUCUCUCAUGGCUUCAGCUCGCCUGGACGAUGCUUCGGAGGUCCCUCGACUUCUUGCGGACUGGAGCGCCCCGCCUUCGGUGGGUGUGCGCCUCAAGGCCGCUAACUUUCUCACGCUGGGGCAGAUUGCCUUCGCAAUCCCCCCCGACGCGCCCAUCGACCAAUUCGUGGUGUCCGUCCUCGGAGUCGCCGAGGACAACGCCCUCAUGACCAGUCCGGAGGCCGCGAUUCUCCGUCGUCUGGUCAUUUUGGCUCAGGACUCCAUCCCGGGUCCCCCGGCCCCGUCCUCCUCCUCCGGCCUUCCAUCCGGUCCGGUGUCUUCGAAACUGUCCCCGGAUGCGGUUCUUAAGCUCCGGUCUCUGUUUCAGAAAUCAUACCCUGGGGAGCUUCUUAACAGGGACACCACGCCAUCAGUGGAGUUCCUGUCGGCUCUCAAACAACAGAUCGACUCCAAGUCCUCCCCGUGGAUUGCUUGGCGCUUCCGGACGUCUGAGCAAGAUGCGGCGACUUGGCAGGAGUCACGCCGCCCUCGAUCUGACCGUCAGCUCCUCCGGACUCUCUUGGAAGUCGACGAAGAGCCAUCCGGUCCGUCGAUCCCCAUCCACAAUUCUCAUCCGGUGGAAGCUACGGUCCGUCGCGCCUGCGCAAUGCUCGCGACAGCGCUGGCCAUGUUGGAGGUCGUUCACCUCCUGGUCAUUAAGCGGUUCAAUGACCGAUUUCUGUCUUUUGCGUUGGCCCAACCCCUCGACUCCACCCUCCGGGCACCCUCCUUGGCUGAAAUUCUUGCCGCUGACCGGGCUGUCUGGGAAUCCGUUUGGGCUCUCAUCCGAGAUCAUGGUUGGUCUUUGUCUGAUUCUCUCAACGAGAUUGCCUUCUGCCGUCAAGACAUCUCGUCUGCUCUGCAGCCUCGGCCUCGUCCUCCGGCUCCGGUCCGUCCUCCUCUCGCGUUGCAGCCUCGCCUGCCCCACGCUCCGGACGCUGGCAAGAAACGCAAACCGACGGCCGAUUCCCCGACUCCGGCCGUUGCCAAGGGCGCUCCCAAAGCCAAGGCCAAGGCCGACCCCAAAGCUCGCCCCAGUCCCAAGAAGAAGACGAUCGCGGACAAGUGGGAUCCGUCCUGGGCCACGCACAUCGACGGCCACGAACUUUGUAAAAAGUUUGGGCUCGGCAAGUGCAAGAAUAAGAACUGUCGCUUUGCCCCCUCCGGACACCGUUGCCCGGUCCCGGAUGCCGCCGGAAACCCCUGUGGCCAGGAGCACAGUGCAGUGGAGUUCGGUUCGGGCCAGCACCUCAGCCGCCUUCUCAGUCAGCUCCUCCUCCGGCCGACCAUCCUUCCGAGGCUUAAGGCCAACAGAUUCUCCCCUGUUGACUUACUGGUUACCCCGGCCUCUGACAUUGCCAGCGAUGGUGUUUUCAAUGACCUCAAGGAGUUGUGCGCCUCCGGGCUGGUAGGCGCCACAGAGUUGAAGGUCUCCGCGCUGCUCCAUCGGCGUACGCGCGAGCUCCUGGCCCUCGUGUCU